AUGCCGCCAGCUGUGCUGACUGCCACUCUCCUUGGCCUGCUCUGGGCAACUCUAGGCUGUGCCCAGGUCCCCAUCCAGGCCAACUUUGAUGCCAGCCAGUUCCAGGGCACCUGGUACGUGGUGGGCGCUGUCUCAGAUGACCAGACCUUCCUGGAUUCCAAGGAAAACAUGAAGAUGUCCACGGUCUCCAUAACCCCUCUGGCCAAUGGCAACCUCGCUGUCAUGUUUGGGAAUCCCACGCCAGAUGGAGGGUGCCAGAAGAUGGAUGCGACCUUUGCAAAGGGCUCCACGGCCGGGGAGUUCAGCAAUGCAGCCAUGGCGCAGACGGACAUUCGAGUAGUCCACACGGACUACAGACACUUUGCUGUGAUGUUCUUCGAGACCAACAAGGGCGGCCAGCGGAACGUGUGGCUGCAGCUCUAUACCCGGACACCUGAGCUGGUUCCAGAAGGUGCCCAGAAGAUGCAGCAGUUGGUGCCCCAAGUUGGCCUGAACCCCAGCCAGGGGGCCCUGCUGCCCAAGUCAGAUCAGUGCACCAGCACCUUCGUCCAGGUGGUGGACAAGUGA